ACAUCGAGCAUCAGUGCGUAAAACGGAAUUUUUGGAUUGAUGCCUCAGAUUUAACAUUUUUCCCCCAACUAUUACUAUUUUUAAAGCUCAGUGCGCUCCACGGCUUCUCCAUGGACACUCAUGAACUGGAUUUGUGACUGUUCUUUUCCUCAUAAAUGACUUUAAGCUCACAAUGGACUCAGUUUCCCCUGCAGAACCUGUGCAGACGCGCUGUCUCCUGCCUGCAGGCGCGUCUUUGUCAUUUUAAUGUCGCUGUCAUUACUGCGCGUCUGCCUGAUUGUCGCUCCGCAUUUCAGAGCCAGCUAACAAACUGGGGAGUCUCUCUGCUGGUUGAAAGGCAGACUCUUGCAGUGGACGUCUGAUCUUUAAUUUUUUAAAAUUGGAAUAUUUUUUGUGUAUCCAAACUUUUUGGUCCUGUCUUCCUGGAGCAAACCGAUUAUGUCGCCCCGCUGCUUGAACCCUUCCUCCCGGUCCACCUGUAGGUUUUUCCUCUGCUUUUUGUGGCUUCUACAAACGCCCCGCUCUUCCUCUCCGCUAAUUACAGGCACUGAAGCCAGCUGUGACAAUGAAGGAGAAGUCCUGCACAUCCCCAACAUCACCGACAACCCCUGCAUCACCUGCGUCUGCCUGGAUGGGAAAGCAGACUGUAAACAGGAGAAAUGUCCGCCGGUCUCUGAUGACUGUGCUCUGGUGGUGAAACAGACUGGCGCCUGCUGUGAACGGUGCAAAGGCUGCUUGUUAGAUGGACGGUCGUAUAACAGCUCCGUAUCCUGGAUGACCUCUACCAAACCCUGCAUAACAACACGCUGUCAGGAAGGAGUGAUCACAGAGGCGGAAGUUCAGUGUGUCAUUCACUGCAAAAACCCAAAAAUUCACCCCAAAAAGUGCUGUCCGACCUGCCCGAGUUGCAUCUUUGAGGGUCUCCUCUAUAAAGAGAAGGAAGAGUUCAGUCCUGAAGGCAAACCUUGCAUCAAGUGCAUGUGCACUGGAGGACGGACUCUGUGCAUGAAGGAAGUGUGUCCUGUGCUGUCAUGCCCCGCUCACCUGAGCCACACCCUUCCUGGACAGUGCUGUCCCAGAUGUAUUGGUCAGCGGAAGGUGUUUGAUCUCUCUUUAGGAAGUUGCCUUUUCCACAGCGAUGUCUAUGAGAAUGGUACUUCCUUUAUGCUCAACAACUGCACCACCUGCACAUGCAAGGAUUCAACAGUGGUGUGCAAAAAGCGGUGCUCACGUCCAGGCAGCUGCCAGGGCAGUCAGUGCUGUGAUGAGUGUUUGUCUUACGUGAAGGUGGAAGAGGUGAAGUACUGCAGAGUGCGGAACAAAAUCUACAGGGAAGGAGACAUGUGGUCGUCAGUGAACUGCACUCUUUGUGCCUGUGUUAAAGGCAAUGUCGAGUGUCGGCCCAAACAGUGUGUGCCGAUCACCAGCUGCCCCUCGAACAAGAUCCUGAACAGAACCGGCUGUUGUCCAGUUUGCACUGAAAAACCUGGGGUAUGCACAGUCUUUGGUGACCCUCACUACAACACCUUUGAUGGCAGGACCUUUAACUUUCAAGGAACGUGUCAAUAUGUGCUGACACGUGAAUGUGGCAGGACCCAAUCUGCAAUGUCUGGAAACAGCAUCAACAGCUUCACGGUGCUGGUAAAGAACGAUGCUCGGCGAACUCGCUCGUUCUCCUGGACUCAGUUCGUUGAAGUUCGACUUGGCGCUUUGAGUCUCAGUCUGCAUCAGCACCUCACAGUUCGAAGGAAUGGGACUCGCAUUGCAUUGCCGUACCACGGCCCUGGGGUGCACAUCGAUUUGGAUGGAUACCUUCUUAAACUCACCACCAUUGCAGGUCUAGAAAUUACCUGGGAUGGGGACAGUUUUGUAGAAGUUGUUGCUGCUCCCCACCUACGCGGUCGCCUUUGCGGCCUUUGUGGGAACUACAACGGUCAGAAGCGAGACGACACCAUUGGGGGUGACGGCUUGUUGAAGUUUGACGUGGACGAGUUUGCGGAAUCAUGGCGAGUCGAUGGAAAUGAUGUUUGCUCCCAGCAGCAUCCACCUCGCAGGUCGACGUCCCACCUGUGCCCCGGCACAGUCAAAGUCAAGCUCCGGGCUCACCGAGAAUGCCAGAAGAUAAAAUCGUGGGAUUUUCAGAAGUGCCACCGUGUGGUUGAUUUUGGGCCGUUCUAUAGGUCAUGUGUGACAGACAUGUGCGAGUGUCCAGUCCAUAAAAACUGCUACUGUGAGUCUUUCAUUGCCUACAGCAGAGCCUGUGAGAGAGAAGGAGUGCCGGUACAGUGGAAGCCUGACAACGUCUGCAUGGCCACCCAGUGUAAACAUGACGCAGUCUAUGACACCUGCGGUCCUGGAUGUAUUAAAACUUGCGACAACUGGAACGAGAUCGGACCAUGUCAUAAACCCUGUGUGGCUGGCUGCCACUGCCCCGCCAAUCUGGUGCUGUUCCAGGGACGCUGCAUCAAACCCACGUCCUGCCCUGGUCGGUGACCCUUGUUAACCUCUGACUGAGUGGGAGGGGCUAAUUUAGGGAGACUCGUCUGUAGUGUCCAAACUAGAGGACCAAGCUAACAAAGAGCGCUAAGGACUCUAAUGGGUUCAAGUCUACCGGUCAAAUGCACCGCGGUACUCAGGGUCCAUAAUGUUGCAAAGAAACGUGCUGCAGUGACUUCCAACAUAAGAGAAACCAAAAACAGGGGAUAGACUGACACAUCUCAGAUGUUCUUGUGCCUCUUCUGAUGCCAAGUACUGUGACAUUUUUAGAGAAAAAACUAAAUAUCAAGAAAAAACUCAGGGCACCAUCUGAGGACCACUCAGGCUUGGGCCUUUGAGAAGCUGCUUGGGCCAGAGGACUCAUCUCAGAGCCAAUCAGGCACCUCCUUGCAAAAGACUUAAGUUGGAGACACUGGGUAUAUGGAUUUGUGCAUUACUAAGAAACUUUCUGAUGCAUCAUAUCAAACUGCCCGGCUGAUCUCUAUUCCAUCAGUGCAUACUGUAAGCUUACCAGAUUCAUAUGAAAGACAAAACAGCUUUUAUAUUAUUAUUGCUCUAAUUAUUAUUAUGUGUUGUUGAUGUUAAUUUAUAUAUCCUUCGUUGACAUGUUGUAGCAAGAGCCAGAACCAAGAAAUCUAAUUGUUUUGUUUGAUUCAAAGGGAAACAUAAAGCUAUUUAUGUAUUUGUUGUGUACUUUUGUGUUACUGUUUGAAGAAAAAUGCCCAAAUGUGACUCAUUUAUUGCACCAUCGCAGGGAAUAAGUACUGUAUUGUAUUAAAGCUCCGUGUACAGUUUGUUGUGGAUAGCAUAAAACCUGAAGGUGUUCAUGUAAACAUAUGUUUCACUUGAUGAUAAUUAUUUAAGACCAGCGAUAUACCAUUUGUUUCGAAGUUCCUUUUUGACUACUGUCUCUGCUCUUUAUAGUAAAUGGAUAUUGGAGUAUGUCACUAUCUUCAAACAAGGAAGAAUUGGACAGAGAGUAAAUUGUCUUUAGGAAAUGUUUAUACUACAAAUAUUAAAACUGGAAUCAAAUAUACAAGAAAAUUAUAAUACUGGGAGCAACAAUGGAGUCAAAAAUAAAAAGUAAAUCAAUCUGUUCCAAAACUGUAGCUGAAUAUAGAUAGAGAAGUAGAGGUAAAAAUAAAGAAAUUAGAAGCAUAAAAAGUGCAAAAUGUCAUUUUCAAAUAAUGAGAAUUUAAUUGUUUUUUUUUUAGAUAUUUCAAAAUCCUUUUUUUCAUAUUUUGUUUUGUUUGCUGCUUCUGCAACUAAUACAGAAAUGGCAAAAAACAAUUGAGAAAGAACACAUAUUAAAUAAAUUGUAUUUUCGUACCUUUAUAUAUAAACCUGCCUAAAUUAUUAAAUAUAUACAAAAUAAAAUAAUAUGUGGAAAGUUAGUUUUUAUUUACAGAAAUGUAUCUAAUUAUUCAUUGUAUGGAUUUUAUUUUUAAGAUAUUUUUUAUGCUGUCCAAUCGAUUCUGGAUUAAUGUGAUAUACACAACACCAUGGAAAAGGUUUUACCCCUUUAAAGAUGUCUUUUGUUUUUUGCCUUGAAUGGUUCAGAUUAAACAUUUAAGUAUCAGAGCAAAGAAACAAAUAUUAAAAUAAAAAAAGGUCAUUUUAAAAUGAUUUUCUCAUUAUUAAGCAGAAAAAUACAUUCAAUACCAACUUGGCCAUAAGUGUAAAAGUAAGGGCGCCCUAACUUAACUACUGACUUCAGGUAUUAGUGAAAACUGAAAAUGAGUUGUUUCCCUUGUAGAGGAAUUUUGGCCCACUCUUCUUUGAAGGAUUGUUUUAUUUUACGCAGUGAAGAAUCUUUUUAACAUAAAAAGCCUGUUUAAAGUCA